AUGUCACUAAUACGAAAAGAACCAUCAAUACAUCGACAAUUAUCAAAUAUUAAUAUAGAUCGGAUUAAUAACACUACGAAUCAUAAUGAAGAAAAACAACAACAAAAUCAACAACUACAGCAAAACCAACAACAACAACAACCUACAAAUCAACCUACAAAUCAAAAAAUAAUAGCAAAAUUAUAUAGUAAACAUGGUAAAAAACCAACAAUUUCAAUUCCUUAUCAAAAUGAAAUAAUAAUAGGUAGAUCAUCAAAAUGUGAUAUAAAAAUAAGUGGGAUAGAUACAUCAUCAAAACAUUGUAAAUUACUUCUAUCAAUAAGUGAAUUUUCUCAAAGAAUUUAUUUAAAAUUAAUAGAUUUAAGUUCAAAUGGAGUUUGGUUAAAUGAUGAUAAAAUAAAUAAAUUACAAUUUGAAAUUUUAAAAACUGGAGAUAAAUUACAAUUUGGUAAAACUGGUGGUUGUUUUAUAUUUAAAUAUGUAUUGGAGAACGAACAAGAUGAAUAUAUUGAAGAUAUUGAUAUAAUUGAACAAACAAAUAAAGAUACUUCAAUAUUUGAUGAUUAUAUAUUAGGUAAACAAUUAGGUUCAGGUCAUUAUGCAAUUGUAAAAGAAGCUAAAAAUAAAAAAACAGGAGAAACAGUAGCUGUUAAAAUUUUCCAUCCAAAUAAAACAAACGUACCUAAUUCUCAAUAUAAUAAUAAAUUAAAACAAGAAAUGGAUCUACUAUUAUCUAUAAAUCAUCCAAAUAUAGUAAAAUUCAUUAAACAUUAUAUUGAACCAAAUAAAUUCGGAUCCUAUAAUACUUUUUUAAUACUAGAGAAAAUGAAUAAUGGAGAAUUAUUUCAAAGAAUAAUAACAAAAACAAAAUUAUCACCAUCAGAAACAAAAGCCAUAUUCAAACAAUUAUUAUCAGGUGUUAAAUACUUACAUGAUAAUAAUAUUAUUCAUAGAGAUAUAAAACCAGAAAAUAUCUUGUUGGAUAUAAUACCAAGAACAUCAUCAACUCAAAUACAAACAGGACCAUGGGAUUAUAAUGAAAUUGAUUUAAAAGUUAAAAUAGCAGAUUUUGGUUUAGCUAAAUUUAUAGGAGAAUUAAAUUUUACAAAUACAUUAUGUGGAACUCCUGCUUAUGUUGCACCUGAAAUUUUAAAUUUAACUAGAAAUUAUCUGAAAAAAGUAGAUUGUUGGUCAAGUGGAGUUUUAUUGUAUGUUUGUUUAUGUGGUUUCCCGCCUUUUAGUGAUGAAUUAUCACCACCAAAUAUGAAAGAACAAAUAUUAACUGGGAAAUAUGCUUUUUAUUCUCCUUAUUUUGAUGAAAUUGAUGAUAUUGUAUUAGAUUUAAUUACUAAUCUUUUACAAGUUGAUCCCAAUGAUAGAUUUGAUAUUGAACAAACGUUAAAUCAUGAAUGGUUUAAAGAAGAAUAA